AGUGUCCUGCAUAACAAACCUAUUGUCAUUUCUCAUACUACCGACCCUUCUACCCACUAGAUGUAUCUUCUCCGGCACCGCGCUCACCGGAGAAUUUAGAAUUCCGGGCAAGUUUCUAAAGUUCAAUCUUCCCAUGAAUCAAUUAGGUGUGUUCAUUUUACUUUUUUUGUUCUUCUUCCAUGUCAAAGCACAAUCGCCUAGCUCGGAGGAGGAUGUACCUUCCCAACAAGCAACCACUUUUCAACCAAGCAUAAAAGUCGUGUUUGGUGUCCUCUGUGUCAUGUUUGCACUAACAUUCAUCCUCCUUGUGUUUGCAAAGUUCUGUCAUGGCUCAUCAUCUGUUGAUAACAAUCGACAAAUCCGAGAUGGACUGACUCAAUCAAGGUCUCGAUUCUCUGGACUCGACAAAGGAGUGAUCGAGUCUCUACCUUUCUUCAGAUUCUCUUCACUCAAGGGGUCGAGGGAAGGACUUGAAUGUGUAGUUUGCCUAUCUAAGUUCGAAGACACUGAAAUUCUUCGGUUACUGCCCAAGUGCAAGCAUGCCUUUCACAUCAAUUGUGUUGAUCAGUGGCUGGAGAAGCACUCAAGCUGUCCUCUUUGCAGGGUUAAGGUCAGUGCUGAUGACCUUGCGUACUUCGCGUACUCAACUAGUUUGAGGUACUUAUGGGAGCAGUCAGAGCGGCGAGAGGACUCAAACAUGGAGCUUUUUGUCCAGAGAGAGGAAGACCAUCAUGGCUCUUCGAGAUUUAGCAUUGGAAGCAGCUUUCGGAAAUCUGACAAGGGUAAGAAAGAAGAAGAAUUGCCCAUCCAAGUAGAUUGUGACAGCGACGAAAAUGAAAAAGCUCUGCAUAAGUUCAAUCACAGGAUCAUUAUGUCUGAUGUGGUCCUCAAGAACAGAUGGAGCAGCGUGAGUUCUUCCGACCUCAUGCUCUUGAAUUCGGAGAUGCUUAAUGCUAUGUCAAGCAAUAGAUUCUCUUCCUUGGAUAUAAAUAAUGAUCAAAUCGCGACAGCAAGUGGUGUUGAAGGCACAGAAAUUUUGAAGAUCAAGGAGGAGACGGAGAGGAAGAGACUGUUUGAGAGCAGGGUCAGUGAAAUCAGCCAAACUGAUUCAUUGUCAUCUUCAGAUCUUCCUAACACUUCCGAGUCGAAAAUGUAUCAAAGUCAAACAUCAAGAUUUUUGAAUCCUAACGCAGAGAGAUCGAUGUCAGAGAUAACAGUUCAUCCAAGAUUCACAGAGUUGAGCAUGAGAAAUAGUAAUAGAGACACUUCUCUUCCUGAAAAUAAUGCGAAGGAGGAAAGAUUGAGGAGGCUUUGGUUGCCAAUUGCAAGAAGAACAGUUCAAUGGUUUGCCAAUAGAGAGGAAAGGACACAACAGUCUCACAACACAAGACACCCACUCAAUGUGUAAUUUUGCUCUGUGCAUCUCAAGCUUGUUUCAAACUUCUAAUAUAUUGAUCACAUUUCCAUGAUUUCAAUUGAACUUUUGUUAUAAAUAGAUUUAGUAGAAACACUAUACGAGUUUUACACAUAAAAUCCAUAAUGUUAUAUUGAAGUUCUUAAAUUUCAUAAAUUUGUUAUUGUGAUCCAAGGCAACAAACCCCGUGUGUUACUAUUAGAUAAAUUUUAUUUUAUUUUGUUUCCUGUUUCAUGACAGCAUGAAUUACUAUAUACUAUUUCUUUGUCCUUGA